CGCCGUCUCUCCCCAUCCGGGGCAGCGGGGAAUGGCUGAGCCCGGGGCUUGCCGCCGCCCCCGCCGCCGCCGCCGCCGCCGCCGCCGCCGCCCGCUGUCGGCUCGCGCCGCAGGACCUUAGCAUCCUGAGACAUUUUGGAUUCCUAGCCCUCAAGGUUGACCCGGUCAGAGUUCAUCAUGUCAAAGUUAAAAAGCUCAGAGUCAGUCAGGGUGGUGGUUCGCUGUCGGCCCAUGAAUGGCAAGGAAAAGGCUGCUUCAUAUGAUAAGGUGGUAGAUGUGGAUGUGAAGCUGGGGCAGGUGUCAGUGAAGAACCCCAAAGGAGUGGCCCAUGAAAUGCCCAAGACCUUCACCUUUGAUGCAGUGUACGACUGGAAUGCCAAGCAGUUUGAACUCUACGAUGAGACGUUCCGACCACUUGUGGACUCUGUCCUGCAGGGUUUCAAUGGGACAAUUUUUGCCUAUGGACAAACUGGGACUGGGAAAACCUACACGAUGGAAGGAGUCCGUGGUGACCCUGAGAAAAGAGGAGUCAUCCCUAACUCAUUUGACCACAUCUUCACCCAUAUCUCUCGAUCCCAGAAUCAACAGUACCUUGUCAGGGCUUCUUACUUAGAGAUCUACCAGGAAGAGAUCCGAGAUCUGCUCUCAAAGGAUCAGACCAAAAGGCUUGAGCUCAAAGAGAGGCCUGACACUGGAGUGUAUGUGAAAGACCUGUCCUCCUUUGUCACCAAGAGUGUGAAGGAAAUAGAGCAUGUGAUGAACGUGGGGAACCAGAACCGCUCGGUUGGUGCUACCAACAUGAACGAGCACAGCUCACGCUCUCAUGCAAUUUUUGUGAUCACCAUUGAGUGCAGUGAGGUGGGCCUUGAUGGGGAAAAUCAUAUCCGUGUAGGGAAAUUGAACCUUGUGGAUCUCGCUGGCAGCGAACGGCAAGCCAAGACUGGUGCACAAGGAGAGAGACUCAAGGAAGCGACCAAGAUCAAUCUGUCCCUCUCAGCCUUAGGUAAUGUCAUCUCUGCCCUGGUGGACGGCAAAAGCACUCACAUUCCUUAUCGGGACUCAAAGCUGACCAGGCUCCUCCAAGAUUCUCUUGGUGGCAAUGCUAAAACUGUGAUGGUAGCCAACGUGGGACCUGCCUCAUACAAUGUAGAAGAGACUCUGACCACUCUGAGAUAUGCCAACCGUGCCAAAAACAUUAAGAACAAGCCAAGGGUCAAUGAGGACCCAAAAGAUGCCCUCCUUCGAGAAUUCCAGGAGGAGAUUGCUCGGCUCAAGGCCCAGCUGGAAAAACGAUCCAUUGGCAGGAGGAAGAGGCGAGAGAAGCGGAGGGAAGGUGGUGGCAGUGGUGGGGGCGGGGAGGAGGAGGAGGAGGAGGGAGAAGAGGGUGAGGAGGAAGGGGAUGAUAAGGAUGAUUACUGGCGGGAACAGCAAGAAAAACUGGAGAUUGAGAAGCGGGCCAUUGUAGAGGACCACAGCUUGGUUGCAGAGGAGAAGAUGAGGCUGCUGAAGGAGAAGGAGAAGAAGAUGGAGGACCUGCGGCGGGAGAAGGAUGCUGCUGAGAUGCUGGGUGCCAAAAUCAAGGCCAUGGAGAGUAAGCUACUGGUCGGAGGAAAAAAUAUAGUAGAUCACACAAACGAACAGCAGAAAAUCCUGGAGCAGAAACGGCAGGAAAUCGCAGAGCAGAAACGUCGAGAAAGAGAAAUCCAGCAACAGAUGGAAAGCAGAGAUGAGGAGACCUUGGAACUUAAAGAGACAUACAGCUCAUUGCAGCAAGAGGUGGACAUCAAGACCAAAAAACUCAAGAAGCUCUUCUCCAAGCUUCAGGCAGUGAAGGCAGAGAUCCAUGACCUCCAAGAGGAGCACAUCAAGGAGCGCCAAGAGCUGGAGCAGACUCAGAACGAACUCACAAGGGAGCUGAAACUUAAGCAUCUUAUUAUAGAAAACUUCAUCCCUUUGGAAGAAAAAAGUAAAAUUAUGAAUAGAUCCUUCUUUGAUGAAGAGGAAGAUCAUUGGAAAUUACAUCCUAUAACCAGACUGGAGAAUCAGCAGAUGAUGAAGCGGCCAGUCUCAGCUGUGGGGUAUAAGAGACCAUUGAGCCAACACGCAAGAAUGUCCAUGAUGAUUCGUCCAGAGGCCCGAUAUAGGGCAGAAAACAUCGUGCUGUUAGAGCUGGACAUGCCCAGCCGGACCACCAGAGACUACGAGGGCCCUGCCAUUGCUCCCAAAGUUCAGGCUGCACUGGAUGCGGCUCUGCAGGAUGAAGAUGAGAUACAGGUGGACGCAUCAUCCUUUGAAAGCACUACAAAUAAGAAAUCCAAGGCCAGGCCUAAAAGCGGAAGGAAGUCGGGAUCCUCCUCCUCUUCCUCAGGAACCCCUGCAUCUCAGCUUUAUCCACAGUCUCGAGGGCUGGUUCCAAAGUAAAGCCAGUUCCUCCUCUCCCAGGGUGUAAAUAGCAUUUGCCUUCUGAGAGAAGAGACGAGCAAAAACCUGCAGAGAGGACUUCAAGCCCAAACUCAGAACCGUGCCCCUGGGGAGAAGCUAUGGCCUCUUUGCAGAUUAACCACCAUACUCUGGUUGAAGCGUGCUGUCCUAAUCUGGCACGCUGCGACUCUGGGAAAUGUCCUUUAAUUAGCAUCUCAGAAAUGCAUGGGUAAGGUAAAGUGUGCUAGUCGAAGUGGAAAGCAAGAGAAUGACCAGUGACCUUGCUUCCCUUCUCCCUUGGCUCCUCUUCUUCCUUCCCUCGCCCUCCCUCCCUCUCCACUCUCCUUUUCUAGCCUGUUCUUUGUGCCAGGCUCCUUUCUUGUUGAACAACGGGGCAGAAUCAGGAGUCACCUGAGCAGGACCCACUCUUCGGAGCCUCAGGAUAAAAUGACAGUGAAGUUGAAAAGUAAAAGCCCUAGAAUUGAAUAGGUGCUUGUUCCUGUCGGUAGAAUGAGAAUUCUCAUUUGGAUCCAAGCCCCCGAUAGGCUUGAUUGGCCUUUGGGAUCUGCUGAAUAAAGAAAUGUUUUCCAAGAAUGUUGGAAGCAGUAGAAACAACAUUCCCUUUGCCUCCUUAGAGAGUUCAGGGAAAUAGCUUCUUUAAAACCUUAAAACCAUGACCAUAAAGACGUAAAUCUGUAAGCUGAUGCCAUGUCCAUACACUGUGUCACUUUACUCUUCAUUUGUCACCAUCUUUUCCCUUGCAGACAUCCUCUGAGUGUCCCUGCCUAGGCCCAUCCUCUGCCCCCAAAGCAUGCUCAGUUGUGGGCCUGUUUUAUGAGAAAAGAGACUGGCUCUGCUUUCUUUGAUGGGACAAGAGUCAGGGGAAUGAGACAUACAGUGGCACUUUUGAAUUCCCCAUUUUGUUCCCUGUUUGAAUGAGGGUGAUUAGGCAGUGCAGAGACAGAGAUGUGGGACUUGGGGGCGGUGGGAGAGGAAGAUAUAAUGAAUGAGAGCAAAGGAGUCCUGUCUGCCUUCAGCAGAACACUCACCUGGGGUUAGAUCUGUGGCUCCCUGUGGGCAGAGCCAAACAUGGUGGCCAGAAGUGGCCGCACCAUUGAACAAGCUCAGAGGAGAGAGUUAGGAAUUCCCAUUUACAUACACUAGUUUGGUUCAUAAGUUUUAGUUCUUUGUAUUAUUGAAAUUCAGAGCUUCAUUUUAUGUUGGUCGUUAGGUGAAUGUUGCUCACUUUUCCUCCCCUAGAGAAACUCUUAAGUGUGUGGGUGUGCAAGCACAAUGGUGCCUGUGUUUUUUGAGUGUCUGUGUGUGUCUGGAAGAGAGAGACCAAGGACUUGCCCAGUGUUAGAAAUACACUAAUGUGCAGGUUUGCCUUUGUCUGUAUUAAAGGCCCACUGAAUGACUGAUCCAGGCUAGAAGUGCUCCCAUGUGAGUGUCUGAGUCCAUGAGCCAAGCCUGAGGGGACAGUACGAGUCCCUAGGUCUGCCAUACUGGCGCACCUUGCUGGCACGGUGCCUCAGGAAGGUGGCGACUCAGUUGGGCCUUGAGUUAUAGUUUAACUCCGCUGCUGAGUUCCCAGGGCACAUUUCUGGAUCAGAACCCAUGGGAUAGAGGGGGUACCAAGUGCAAUGUCUUAGCAUUCUACAAAUGGAGAUCUGGCAUCUGGCAGCUUAUCUCCUUUUUAGUUACCAUUCUUUCUGAAACCCAGAGCCCUUUUCAGCAAUUCCCAGAGCAUAAUGGAGCCUUCCCUCAUCUUUCUUGGGAUCAAACCCUGCUUCUUAUUUAUUAAGAACUUACCUGCUUGAACAGGAACCAAAUGAUGAGGUGGAUAGUCUGAAAUGAUUAUCUGCCAGUUACACCUGCCUCUUGCACCACAUUCCCUCAAAGCUAGUCUGAAUUCCAUAGGCUCAAAAUAUUCAUCUAGCAAAUCAGAACUGAACACUGCAGAUAACACCGUACCUUAAUACUGAUGUCUCAAGGUGGCUAUUCUGAGCAAGGGUGGUUGAGUGACCGUGGAACUUUUCUAAGGGCAGAAAGAGAAAGCCAAGUGGGCAGGCAGGGUUAUUAAAACAGGCUUGCCUUAUACACAGUUGUGUUCGUCCAGCAGUCCGUGAGAGCAGAUAAACAGCUGUGAGGAGGUGGAGCUGUCCCUCCCCAAGCAGUCUCUGGUGCUUUUCUUCUCUCAAAAUGGAUCCGAUAAAUAUUUGAGUAGAGCAGACAGGAGCAUGGCUUACUGCUACCAGAAAGCUGCUGCUUUGGGCUCUGAAUUGAGCCAAAUGUGUAGAGGACCGACCUGGUUUUCAUGUCUGUAGUCACGCUAGAAUGUUCCAAGCCAUCUGAGGGUCUUCACGCAGGAGCAGCCAGCAAAGUCUGGAAACAAGUCUGAACAGGCUCUAAGAAGAUCAGCUGGGAGAAGGAGUUUGAGACUGUGUGUGCAACCUUCAUCGAGCCCCUUUUUGCUCUGAUCAAUAAGAAUGUAUGUAUCUGGCUUCAUAUUCUAAAGUCACCUGUCUCCCAGAUCCCUGGAUUCAGACCCCAAGGCCACAAAUCCUAGGCAUGAAGCACUUUCUUAAGACUCUGACCUAAUGUUGGAUUGUUCCCCAUUGAAUGCCUGCAUGCUGCUUGAAUUGUACCACCCACACCUCCAUGACCAAGGGCGUCAGAGAGUUCUGCAGUUCAGGCCUAGGCCACUCUCUGCUUUUCCUGUCUGACUCUUGUAAGUCCUCCCUCACUGAAUGUAGAAUUGUUGCUAAGUUUUUGAGAAGUGUUGAUUCCCUGUUAACAUGGGGUAUCAGUUCUGCCUCACAUUUCCCACUUACAGUCGAGGCUCAUUGCAAACAACACCUUGGGCCAUCUCAACACCAUCCGUGGAUGAAAAUGGGGCUAUUAAUAUACACUCUAAAAGCCAUAAUCAAAAUGCUCAGAGGGAACUGGAUAAGGACAGUGGGCCUGGCUGUUGUCUACUGCGCAUGGUUUUGUCUGGUACUGUUUGGAAAUCUGCCACCUUCUCCCCACCCUUGUUAUUUUGAAUGAAAUGCUUUUGAGGUUAUUUAUGAAAGGAGUGAUCCUGGGGCAGGCAGGAGGCAGUGGGCUUUAUGGCUCUUUGGAGUUACUAUUGAGCUUGACCUUCUCUUUGGCUACUUUUAGACAAAGAAUAUGCCAAUACUUGGGGCUCUAAGUUUUACAAUUGAUAUUUAUUUGUAUCAUCUCUUUGUCUAGGAAUGUAAAAGUGAUUCUAAACUAAGAUGUGUAAUAAAAACCAAUCAGAUUUAUUGUACCUACAAAAAGGUGUCCUCAUAAAUGACUAACACUUUUGAAAAUGACAUGCCAGUGGCUGACAUGUGCCACUUUCUUUAAACAUUUAAACUUUUCUAGUGAAAGGAGGGUGGGAGUGGACAAUGAAGACUGAGUUGGGAUGCUGGCAUUAAAAUAAAAUAGCAAUAAGGUAAAGGGACAUAAAAUGAAGAAAGGGUGACAAGGGCUUUUCAUGUGUUUCUGUGGGGGUUCCUGAGAUAGGCCUGGGCAGCCGGCAGUGGCAUUUUUUUGAACUUUUGUGUUUUGGGUUCAAAAUUUCUUUAAGUUCAUUCCAUAUUAUACUUUAAGAUGUGUCCCUUUUUUUUUUUAACGAAAAAAUAUUUUAUGCUAUUUAUCAUCAGGUAAAAAAAGAAAUACCAGAAAUGGGCCACAGGUUGUUCUUGUGAUCUCUCAUAUGCUUCAGCCUAUUGGACAAUACUCCUGGAGAGUUGAGAAAAAGGGGCACAGACUCUAGCCUCUGAGCUGGGUUUGAGUUCUGAUUGUGUUUGCCUUCUAGCUAGGUGACUGUGAGGAAUUUAAUUUACCACUCUGAACUUUGGUGUCUUUGCUUAUAAAAUGAUGUAGUAAUCCCCACUUUGCAGGGCCAUCGUGAAGAUUAGCAAUGCAUUUAAAGAAACAGCCCACAAGUUUGUGGACUAUAGCAGUCAUUUAAAAAUGUGGUUAUUGUUGUAACAUGGCCCUGUGUUCAGAAGACACUAUGAAUAGUUUGUAUCCCAAGAAACUAGAAGCUGCCACUGGGCAUAUCAUGUUUAGAAAAUCCUAGGCCUUUACAGUAAAGCUGCUAACCAUUUAACAAAUACAUGUUAAGUUCCUACUAUAUGCCACACUGUUCUGGGCACUGGGUAUAGAGAUGUGAGCAAUAUUGUCUUGGUACCUGCCCACACGGAGCUUGCACUUUAAUGAGGAAGGAGGCAGGAUGUUAACAAAAUGCACACAAGUGUACAAUCACAAAUUAUGACAGGUACCAUGAAAUGGUAUCGUAGCAUUUUAUAGGAGACUAAUAGGGUCCUACUUGGGAUUGGUGGGUAAGUAAGGGAAUGGCUUUCUGAAGAAAUGGCAUUUACAGUGAGAUCUAAAGGAUGAGAGAUUUGGGGACCUGGCUGGCUCAGUUGGUAGAGCGUAUGACUCUUGAUCUCAGGGUUGUGAGUUCAGACCCCACUUUGGGUGUAGAACUCAUUAAAAAACAAAAAAAAAAGGGGGGGGGCUUAGUUGGUUAAACAUCAGCCUUUGGCUUGGGUUGUGAUCCUGGGGUCUUGGGAUCGAGCCCUACAUCAGGCUCUCACUCAGUGGGGAGUCUGUUUCUCCCCCUGCUUAUACUCUCUCUCUCUCAAAUAAAAUCUUUAAAAACUAAACAAAGAGUAUGAGAAAUUAGCUGGGCAAGAGAGGAGAGGGAAGGAGUCUGUGAAGGUCUUGAAGCAGAAUUUCACAGGAAGGCAUCUCUAGUCCUUUUACCCUCACUACAGGGAAGCAAGGAGAACUAUUCAGGAAAAAAUUAUAGCACAGGACUUAAAAACAAAACAAAACAACAACAACACCAAACCAACAAGUUUAAAGCGCAUGGAAAGGAUAGCAUCCUAUGUGACUUAGGCAAAGGAUUUUUAAUUGUGUUUCUUUAUAAGUCGCCUUCAAACUAUAUGUAAUGUUCGCAUAACCUCCUUUCUUUCAAAAAGAGUUAAAAACCAUAGCUUGGCUUAGCCUAAAUAAUUAUUAAUGUCGAAUAAUUCAAAAUCCAUUAGCCAGGGGAUCCCCAGGUGGCUCGGCGGUUUGGUGACUGCCUUCGGCCUGAGGCGUGAUCCCGGAGUCCCGGGAUCAAGUCCCACGUUGGGCUCCCUGCAUAGAGCCUGCUUCUCCCUCUGCCUGUGUCUCUGCCUCUUUCUCUCUCUGUCUCUCAUGAAUGAAUAAAUAAAAUCUUUAAAAAAAAAAUCCAUUAGCCAGAAAGCCAGAGUUCAAAAUGUGAUUUGAAAAAUUCUGAGUGUGUUCUUGAAAGUGACAGAAAUCCGGAUAGGCCAGAGGCUAACUCAUAAGGGAGGCAUAGGGCAGGGCGGCUGGGCAACUUGGAAACUCCUGUGACUCACCAAGUUGUCUUCUUAUCUGCUGGGUUCUUUAAAACAAAAGAGAUCCAAAAACUACACAAACCUUGUGUGGUUCAAUAAGAAAUAUGUUUGGUCUUUGUCCCUGAAGAGCUUCUACAACCCUUGGAAUUUGAGUGACAGAGGUGAUAGGAGGAUCUUUUGGUAUUCCCAACAAAGCCCUUUCAAUUCUGCCUGAACCUAUGCUACAGAAUGACUCUUGGUGGGUCCCUAGAUGGCUUCUGAAUGGGGGGGGCUGGUGGCCAGAGCAACAAAUCUUGGGAGUAGAGGGUUGGAAUUUUCAGCCCCACCUGCUGACCUCCUGGGAGGGGGGAGGAGCUGGAUUGAGUUAAUUACCAACAGGCAAUGAUUUAAUCAGUUGUGCCUAUGUAAUGAAGUCUCUGUAGAAGCCCCUAAAUGAUGGGGGUUCUAAGACCUUCCAGGCUGGUGCACACAUAGGGGUGCUGGGAGGAUGGCACAUCCGAAGACAGCUUGGAGGCUCCACACCCCUCCCCCAUACCCUGCACUGUGCGUCACUUCCCUUUGACUCUUGUUGAGUUGUAUCCUUUAUAAUAAAUUGAUAAUAGUAACUAAAACACUCUUCUGAGUUCUAUGAGCUGUUCUAGCAAUUCUUGAACUUGAGGAGUGGGUGGUAGGAACCCUUGAGUUAUAGCCAGUUUAUAGUUGGGUGGAAGUACAAGUGGCAACCUGGGACUUUGAGCUGGCAUCUGCAGUGGGACAAUCUCAUGGGACUGAGCCCUUUACUUGUGGAGUCUGUGCUGACUCUGGGUAGGGUCAGAAUUAUAGGACACCCAGCUGGUGUCUGGAGAAUCAAAGAUUUGGUUGUUGAGGGAAAAAACUAUAUAUUUGGUUGUCAGAGAGUUCUGAAUAAUAAGAGCAGUUGACCUUGGAAAUUGUAUUUUGAACUUCACGCUAAUGUCUUAAGUCUUGGGCGUAUGAUUUUGGCAAGCUUGCUUGUACUAGAGUUGUCCUCUGAAUUUUACCCUGAGAAUCUGGUCUCCAAGGGCCAUGUGGUAGUCACAUCUGUCAACUGGGUUGUCAGUAGCAUUUGUCAAGGACGUAACUGUAGCUCUUGCAGCUGCUUCUGUUUUGACCUCUGUUUCUAUCACCCGAAUUGUGGUUAACCAUCACCGGGUGCUUCAGUUAGGUGAGCCAACUGGGGACUUGCUUUUGGAGCCGGAUAAUGGGCAGAGAGAGGUUGCUCACCCACAUCUCUGGGGGCAGUGUAGCCCUCAGGAACUUGUUGAAUGCCUGUUUUGCACCAGGUGUCUUGCUCUGCGCUGGAGAUGGGGAGGAAUAGAAUGUUCUCAGGCUGAACUGUUCUUCGAGGAAACAAUUCAGAGUGAUUAGGACCUACAAGAUGCCGCCUCCUCUCCUCACGCUGCUCUCCCAGCCCUUUGCGGCUGGAGCCACACAGCACUCCUUUUGGUUCCUUGGUUAUGCUAACUGCUUUCAUGCCUUGGCACCUUCAUAUGUGCUGUGUCCUCUUUCUGGAAACUUCUCCCCACUCUUUGGUGGGCUACCUCCUACUCAUCCAUCAGGUACCAGUUUAAUGUAACCUCUUCUAAGAAACCUCCAAGCAUCCUUUCUGGUUCCCCCCACCCCUCCACCUGACUGUGGUAUCCUCUUGUCUUAUUUCCCUCUUAGCCCUUUUCCCAAUUUAUGAUUACAUAUAUAUAUUUGCUUUCCUCUCCCCUGCCAGACAGUAAGUUCUCUGAAGGUAUGUCCUGUAGUCUUCUCCAAGUUUGGCACUUACAUGAGUUGGAUGGUUAGAUGGGUGCUGACACCUAUAGCUAAGAACAGUGUUUUCUGGCAGAGGGAGGGGUGAGGUGCCACUCCAGGAAGGAGAGGUAGAGCAAGGCUUUGCAAGGGAGACAGCAUUUGAGCUGUGCUCUGUGAAAAGGGGGAUGGUUCUACCACCUGGGAAGCAGGGAGGAGCAUGCCAAACAAAGAGAACAGCAUGAAGGAACUCUUGGGGGCGUUCUGGUGAUUUGGGAACCAGAAAGUAAUGGGAAUGAGAAUAACUGGCUAGG